AUGGCCUCGCCACCAGACCCGGCGAACCCCGAAGGGCCACGCGUGCGCCAGAACUACCAUCCUGAGUGCGAGGCCUCCGUCAACCUCCACAUCAACCUGGAGCUGCACGCCUCGUACGCGUACCUGUCCAUGGCCUUCUACUUCAGCCGCGACGACGUGGCCCUCAAGUAUUUCUCCCAGUACUUCCGGCAGCAGUCCCGCGAGGCCAAGGAGCACGCCAGGAAGCUGAUGCGGCUGCAGAACCUGCGCGGGGCCCGCCUGCGCUUCCACGACAUCAGGAAGCCCGAGCGCGACAACUGGGAGAGCGGCCUCAUGGCCCUGGAGUGCGCCCUGCGCCUGGAGAAGCGCGUCAACCAGAGCCUGCUCGACCUGCACCAGCUGGCCACCGACCUCAAGGAUGCCCACUUCUCUGCCUUCCUGCGCACCCACUUCCUGCACCACCAGGUCCAGUCCAUCAAGGAGAUGGGGACCCAUCUCACCAACCUGCGCAACAUGGGGGCUCCCGAAGAAGGCCUGGCGGAGUACCUCUUUGACAAGCUCACCCUGGGUGAGCGCAACAUGGACUGA